CCACAGUAUAAAACACCAACAUUAACGCCAACGCCAACAACUGGCAUCCUACAAACGUUUCCAAUAUUCUCACCUAAAAACAUGUCUCAUCAAGAUUCAGAGCCGGAGGAGGCCAUUACCAGGGAAGAGAUCCGUGGUGAAGAGCCUACAAAGAAGUCGACCCGCAAUGCAUGCAAGUCACACACUCAACUCGCUCGAAACAUUCUUACAAAUGACAGUCGCAGAACUCAUGGCCCCAAAGAGGAAAACACCGCCCGAGACAAAUACAGCUCGGCCAUCACGUAGCGGAAACCCGUUCAAAGACCGCAUGGGCUUGGGCGCAUAUCUUGAAGAUCCAGCCUCAUACCCAUCCUCACGCGUCAUCUAUCACAACGAGGACUUUGUCGCUAUAAACGACCGUUAUCCAAAGGCCACAAUUCACACUCUACUCCUCCCUCGCUCGCCAAAGUAUAAUCUUCUCCAUCCAUUUGAUGCCCUAGAUGACCCAGAGGUCCUUGCCAAAGUGAAGACGGAGACUCAGCGCCUCAAGGCUCUGGUCGCAAAGGAACUCCAGCGUCGUCUUGGCGCGCACAGCCAGAGUGAUGCUCAUCGACAAGCCGUGCUCGAUGGAGAUGCCGAGCCGGACCAGAGUGGGGAACUCCCGGAGGGUCGGGACUGGGCCGCAGAAGUCAAGGCCGGCGUGCAUGCGGUACCAAGCAUGAGACACCUUCACGUGCACGUUUUCUCGAGAGAUAUGUUCUCUGAAGCAUUGAGACAUCGCAAGCACUACAAUUCGUUCAAUACGCCGUUUCUGGUUGAUCUGGACGACUUUCCGCUUGCAGCUGAUGAUCCGCGCAGGAAUACGAAGGAGGAGGCGUAUUUGCGCUGGGACAUGAAGUGCUGGAGAUGUGGGCUCAACUUUGGGAACCAGUUCCAAAAGCUAAAACGACAUCUUGAAGAGGAGUAUGAGACAUGGAAGAAACUUUAGAUAGGAGAAGUGGGGUGGGAUGGGUGGGAUAAAAGGGCCUGCUUUACCCGUCUGUAAAUUAGCAUGAUAUUUGUACAACUCCUGAAGAGCACAAUCCCAGUAUAACCGUUCCAUG